AUGUCGGCUGGAGUUCAGGUUCAAGAUUCAGCACUACCAUCUGAACGGCCGCCUGCUACGCAGAGUGCCCACCCGCCUCUCUGCUCGUCCCUGCCUUUCUCUGCUCAAUUCCUCAUCUUCCUUUAUCACUCUCUCCCCUCCCUCCCCCCUACCCCCGCUUCUCCCCUUCCUCACCAGCACUACGAUCUGAACGACCGCUUGCUACACAAAGUGCCCACGCGCCUCAAUCACUACUUCAAUGCCUUUUUCAGCUUGCCUUUUCCGCACAUCCCCUCCCUCCACCUUCCUCCACCCCCUCCCUACCAGCACUAUGAUCUGAAUGGCCGCUUGAUACACAGAGUGCCCACCCGUCUCUCUGCUACAGCCUCUGGGCAGGGCGAGAACAGCUCCCUGCUACAGACGUUGAAUGUGAAGCAAGCGCGCACAAGUGGGGAGGAGGAAGGAGAGGAGUGGGUGGAGAUCAAACUAGAGGAGGUGAAUCGGAUCACAGCAGCCAAUCGCCUUCAGGUCGCCUGGUUCCCAGACCAUAGGGCAUACGCUCUAAGUCACCAAACCGCAGAGGACUUAGUGAGGGCGCUUGCAGUGGGGGUGGUGGGGGCAGAGACAGCAGAUGCUGACGAAGCAGCAGAGGUCAUCGGAGGGGUGAAGCUGCCAUCCCGCCGCCCGGCUCUCGUCAGCGAAACCUGCCUCUUCCUCUCCGAACCAGUUUCCGAAGCAGGCUCCGAGCCUCUGUCUGAAGCAAGCUCAGAAGCGGAUAGAAAUUGGGGGAAUCGGAGGGUGCGUGCAUUCCAUGUGCUGGACUCAAAGGGGAUGAUCGACACUCUGGGAGUGUUUGUGGAGGAGAGGGAAGGCAGCGGGAAAGGAGCGGGUGAGGAUGGUCCAGAGGCAAGAGCAGCCCAUGCCAAAGAGCUUCUGGAGGCACGACCAGAACCCCCCAAUGCCCCGGUUCCCCCCUCCCGCCUCGCACUGCUGCUGGGGGAAUGGGAUGGCAUCUCCACCACCCACCGAUCGCCCAUCUAUGGGGAAACUGUGACACACUCAACCUCCAACUUCUUCCUCACUCUCUUCAGUGACGGGAGCCUGGGCCUGGAGGAGACACGGGGCGACCUCUGCUUCAGGCGGCGAGGAGCCGUUGCCAACCACUCAGAGGCAUCUCCCGAAGCUGUGGCCACCUCGUCCGAAGCUGCAGCCUCGGAAGAACAGCAUGGGCAGGAGGAGCAGGUUGGAGGGGGAGGCCGUGUGAUGCUGGACGGGGGACAGCAGAUCACCCUCCUUCCCGGUGGUCUUGCUCUCUCUGCGCCCUGCUGUGUGCCCCGCGGCCGCGCCUUCUUCUUUGAAACCAUCCUGGCAGAACCGGAGGAGGGACAGGGGGCGGGGGUUGGGACGGAGAGGCCUGGGUUAGAUAGCGCAGGGGUUGCGGUGCCUGGAGCGGAAGGGUGGAGGCGGCGCAGAGUGGCUCGGACGUACGAUCCGGAUGGUUUGGUUGUGUCCAGCUCAGUGUUUGCUGAGCGGAAGAUGGGAUGA